UUAUCGUCAGCAACACCGACACCUUGAGGACACGAGUGAGCUGGGAAUUGAAAGUACUUACUUACUACUAAGAGAAUAGACCCCACCACCCAUGUGCUCCUCCCCUGUCUCCACCAGUUCCUGCCGCUUCCCUCCCUCAAUCAUUACUCUCUCCGUCUCAACCCUGAACAAAAACCCUAAUUCCAUUUCAAUUUCCAUUUAUUUACAUUCCCCAAAACCCUACUCAUCUCUAUUUUAUACCAGAAAUUGAAUAGAUUCGUACUAUAGACUACUAUGUCAAUGUCGGCAGCUGACUGUAAUGGUAGUGGACUUGACAUUAUUGAUCCUUCUCAGAAACAGACGCUGUCCUCUCUGGGAGGCGCCACCACAACCAACGGCGGUUUGCAAGUGAAGAAGCCUCCCGCCAAGGACCGCCACAGCAAGGUCGACGGCCGAGGCCGCCGCAUUCGCAUGCCUAUAAUCUGCGCCGCCAGGGUUUUCCAGCUCACCCGUGAGCUCGGCCACAAGUCCGAUGGACAGACUAUCGAGUGGCUUCUCCGUCACGCGGAGCCUUCAAUUAUAGCUGCCACCGGCAGCGGCACCACCCCUGCUAGUUUCGCCACCGUCUGCACCUCCACCCGGAACUCCUCCGUCCCUCAUUCUCAGCUUUCUCCAACCAACUUCAUUCUCGGGAAGCGGCUCCGACCGGACGACGAUGAUCACCACCAUCAUCUCAGCAAAGAAGACAUGGGUUCCUCGGUGGCUCCUGGAGGGUUCUGGGCUUUGCCGACUAGGCCGGAUUUUGGGCAAGUUUGGAGCAUUGCCCAGCAGCAGCCUUCUUCUUCCUUUAGGUUUCUGCAGCAGCAACAACCACCGGGAAUGGGAGAGGCAUCAGCUGCAAGGAUUGGUAAUUAUUUACCCAUAGCUCAAGUACAGGGGCACCAUCUCAAUUUGCUUGCAUCACUAUCCGGUCAGGCGCAUCAAUCUUCCGAACAACCAAGGGAAGACGAUGGUAAUUGAUAUUACAUUAUGAAUUAUUUAAGCUAAGUCAUCAGUUGUGCAUAAGUUUCUGUAUAUUUGGUUUUGUUAUUGUGAAUUUUCAUCGUGGUUUUCAAGUUAUGAUGCUGGUAUUGAUAAAUUCAGUGUAUGAAGUAAUUUUUUUUCUUUUCUUUUCUUUUCUUUUUUUAAUUCGGAGCUGAAGAGUGCUGUUGUAUUUUUUGUUUUGUUUUGUUUUGUUUGGUUGAUGACUAAAGUAAUAAAGUGAAAUUAUGUGAGAAUUGAUAUGCAUCUGAUAUGAAUCUGAGUCUUGAAACGUUAAUUCA